GUACACACAGAUAUAUAUAUAUAUAUAUAUAGUCAUACGUAUAUAUAUCACACCUAAGUGCUCUCUUGAACAAAUUAUGGCAUUGUCUCUUAUCAGGGGUAAGGGUCUACAAUACGGAAAUUCGCAGUUACGUUUCUUAUCUUGCAUUUCGAACAUGAAGAAAGGAUUGGUGCUCGGUCUAUACGAAGCAGAAGAUGAAAACAACGUUUCAUUGACUCCCACAGCGGCUAAAUAUGAUGAACUAGUUAAUGGAAAACUGCAAAAACAUAUUUUGUUAGCAGGUCCAAAAAUUCCCAAAGGUCAUGCUAGAAUAUUUUGGGGUUUGGAUGAGAAGGAUUACGUUGGAAUUGCAGUUGUUGGUCUUGGAAAAAAGAAUCUUGGCAUUAAUCAGCUUGAAGAAAUACAUGAGGGAAAAGAAAACAUACGUAUAGCUGCAGCAGCUGGAUGUCGUGCAUUGGAUGCGGUUGAAAUAAAAGACAUACAUCUAGAAACAUUAGGAGAUGCUGAGGCUGCAGCAGAAGGAGCUACAUUAUCAACAUGGUUCUAUCAAGGCUCAAAAAAUAAGGAAAAACAGAAAAUUCUUCCAAAAGUUUCAUUAUAUGGUCAAGAAGGAGAGGAACAGUGGCGUAUUGGGAGUAUUAAAGCUCAGGCUCAAAAUUGGGCACGCCAUUUAGCGGAUACACCAGCCAAUUUAAUGACACCUACAAUAUUUUCGGAAGAAGUACAGACACUUCUCACUAAAUUAGGAAUUACCGUAAAAGUUCAUAAUAAAGAAUGGGCAGAACAGAAAAAGAUGGGUUCUUUCCUUAGCGUAUCUCACGGUAGUUGUGAGCCACCGAAGUUCGUUGAAAUUUGCUACAAAGGUGCUGAUGAUAAUUCCCAACCAAUUGCGUUUGUUGGAAAAGGUGUUACUUUCGAUGCUGGCGGUAUCAGUCUUAAGCCUCCAGCUGAUAUGGACGAAAUGCGUGCUGAUAUGACUGGUGCUGCAUGUGUAGUAGCUGCUAUUCGAGCUGCUGCUGAACUUAAAUUAAAAUUGAAUCUUAUUGGUUUGAUACCACUUACUGAAAAUUUGCCAUCUGGAACUGCAACUAAACCAGGAGAUGUUGUAGUUGCAAUGAACGGGAAGAGUAUUAUCGUAGAUAACACCGAUGCGGAAGGCAGACUUAUUCUUGCGGAUGCACUUUGUUAUGCUCAAGAAUUUAAUCCAAGUUUUAUCUUGGAUCUUGCAACACUAACUGGUGCAAUGAGAAUUGCUUUAGGAGGAGCAGCAACUGGAGUUUUCACAAACAAUAGUUCACUGUUUGAAAAACUAAGAAAUGCAGGCACUCUUACUGGUGAUAGAGUAUGGAGAUUUCCACUUUGGCAGCAUUUCACAGAUGAAAUGACAAAAAAAGUUAAAUCAGCUGAUAUAAGAAAUGUUGCGAGAACGAAAGGUGGUGGUUCAUGUACAGCCGCUGCUUUCCUACAUGAAUUUAUCUCGAACAAUACACCAUGGAUGCAUUUAGAUAUUGCAGGAGUAAUGGGCCCUGGACCUGAUAAGUUACCAUAUGUACCAGCUGGAAUGGCAGGUCGUCCGACCCGCACGCUGAUCCAGUUUUUGCAGGCAUUGUGUUAAAAUUUACAACUAUUUUAAGUUGUAUGAUGCAAGUUUAUCUAUUUUUAUAUAUACGUAUACAUAUAUGUAUACACGCAUGUAUAUAUAUGUAUAUAUAACUUUGUUCUAUAUAUACAUACACAUAUACACAAUAUUAUAUAUAUACAUAUAUUUUAUCCACGCUUACCUCCCGUUUGACAUUCUGACAUUUAUACAAAAUGACUAAAGUCGAUACAACGAAUUAAGUACAUGCAUCGGAAUGUACAGAGUUAUCCACUUAUCUUGGAACCCGCGUUCGUGAGAACAUAUGAGAAUGGUAACAGUGUAACAUAUACGUUUACUACUACAGUCAAAUAUCGCUCGCAAUCUACAAGCUGUUGCUAGAAGUACUUUAAAUUUGACAUUACAAUAAAGACGGUCGCUGAGAAAGCAAGUGUCGCAUUUUUGUCUGACAAUUUCAUGUCUCUACGCGUCCCCGAAAACUUCGAAGCAAGCAAGCGUAUUCGCUUCUGUCCCACAUAUAAUCAAUUCUUUUUUUUUUUUUUUGGUAUGCUGAUAUUUCUAAUUAUGCUCACCUGAAAUUUAACUGAAAUGUAAUUUUUUUACUUAAAAUUGUAUUCAUCUGCCAUCAGUUUCAUCUAACAUAAAUAACUUCCAAUUCAGGCAUUGCUGUGAAAGUUUAAUUGAUUUCUAUUUUUUUUAAAUACUCAGUCUAAAUAUGAAUUCCGUAAGGUGUUUUGUUGUAUCUUAAUCACUCACUUUAUUCUUAUAUUCGACAGCAGAACAAUUAAAAAUCAGACAGCGAUCGUCUUCUCCUUAUUGUAACGCCAAAUUUGAAAUCCUUCGGCGAUUACCAAACCGCAUUGUCUCUCGCCUAAUUAUACUUCUAACAACAGCUCAUAGGUGGCGAACAACAUUUGAUUGUAAUAGUAAGUGUAUAUAUAUAAUGUUGCCAUUCUCAUAUGUUCUCGCGAACGCGGGUCCCAACUUAAGUGAAUAACGUUGUAUAAGAAAAUCGAAUCACAUGCCAUUUAUAAAAUUCGUAGUCAUUGUAUUUGUGUACAGAAUUAUAUCUUUACAGUACAGCAAUACCUAGUACAAAUAUGGUGAAUCUUCUUUUGUACAGCUCGCUUUAUUCUCAUUAUAUAAGGUGUGUUACAUUUACUGAAACAAUUAAAGACAGUGUCAGUGACUAUCAAUAAAGGAAUAGGAAAGAUUUAACAAUAUCAAAAAAGUCUGAUUGUACGACGUCGUAUAGAAUAGAAUACAAUAUACUAAAUUUGUACAAAGUAUAGCUUAAUAUAAUAGAGAUAUAUCUAUGGGAGGUAUAUUAAAUUUUGGGCAAUUUAUACUUUAUUUGUGUUGCAUUUAAAAUACAUAAUUUUGAUCAAUAUCGUGUAAACUGUUACACGUAAUUUGUAAGGGUGUUAAUAACUAUUUGAACUUAAUAUAAUAAAAUACAAUAUGACUUAUUGUAUGAAAAGUCGUACUUCUAAUUUUAUGUACAUGUAAAAUUUAUGUUAACGCUUUGACCAUUGCAAUUUUCUUAUGUACAGUUUCUGCUGCUCAUCCCCUUGAACAGUUUAAAAGGACAUAUGUACUGAUUAUUUUAUUUCGUGAAUACAUCAUAUGUUCUUUAUGUAAUUUUCCAGUUAUUAUUACAUAAAGAGAAAAUAUAAAAUACCAAAGUGAAAAAUCAGCAAUUUACAGAAUGAACACAAAAUAUUUUUCCAGAAAUAACUGAAUGGUAUUAUAUGUUCAUUAUUUAUACUGAUAUACGAUUUAAUAAAACUGGCAUUAUUUAA